CAAUUUCUUAAGAUACUUUUAUCUAUUUGAAAUUUGAAAUUUAAAAGAUUACUUUAUUUGUACUGAAUAGUUGGCGAAUUCAAACUUUCGGCAGCUGGCGCCAUGCGUCACGUUUUGAUUGAAUUUUCUUGGUUAUGGUCGUCAUCUAAGUGUAAAGCGUCAGACUCAAUUAAAAUUCAAUAAUAAACAAUAAUUAAUAAAUAUAAAAACAAUCUUAAAAUUUUAUUGCCUCAAAAUAAAAUAAAGAAUUUAUUUAAAAUGUCAAGUAAUGAUGAUGGGUACUGGGUAACCCCUCUAUUUAGAGAAGGAAUGAUGAUAAAAAUAGAUGAAGCUCAACAGAAGAGCUAUGGAGCUACAUUAGCCAACUCCACUCUAGAAACAGAAAAUUUAAUUUUCAACCAGUCGGCAUCUAAAGAUGAGUAUACGAAAUUUAUCGAGUUGCUGAUCAUGUGUAUAAACAGAAAAAAUUUUAAUGACAUUACUGAGCCUUGUGGAUCGUUAUCUGUUUCUGCAACAAGAGACUUUAUCAAAAAUUUAAUAAUUGUCAUUGAUUUUUUUGAUGACCCUCAAGGUGAUACAUUUAUUGAAAAUGUAAAAGCUAUUGCGUCUUCCAGUCAUCAAGAUUUUGGUACUGAAGUUUCUGUAAAUCACCAAAAUAAUACAUCUCCAAGGAAUGAACAACAGUAUACAGAAAUCGCAGAAACAAAUGAAAUAAAUGCUCCAAUAUCAAGAGUAUCUUAUAACUCUUCAGACGAAGACAACUUCCAUCCUCUUACACCAGAAGGACCUCUAACGCCUGCCAACGGGUCCCGAUCCCGAGAAUCUUCUCCAUCUGAGCAUGAGCAAAACCAAAAUAUGAGAAGAACUGACCAAGAAAAUAUUCCAGAAGACCCCAGCACUCAGAUAGAAAUAGAAGAGAUAGAAUUGAUCGAUCCCGGAGUGGAGGGUUCUCCAGGCUACCAAGAAAAUCCCAUGAACCCGAUGGAACACGAGCACGGAAUAAUGGACUUCAUGAACCAGAAGCUCGAUUCUAUAGAGAACACCAUGAAGCUGUACACCGACGACCUGGGGCAGAUAAUCAUAAACAAUGUCAACGGGAAUGUCAACGUUAAAUUCGAUCAGUAUAAAAACAGUCUGGACACAGUCCGUAGGGAUCUGAAACGACAAACCAAGCGCCUGGAGCGUAUUGAGAAGGAACUCAAGCUACGCUACCUGGUUAUCUAUGGAGUUCCCGAAAAUGAGAGUAAUUAUUUGCAAUUAGAAAAAACCGUUUUGAAUAUUAUUAACAAGGAAGUUAAAGUUAGUUUGCUGCCAAACGAAGUCGACUCCAUCAGACGCAUUGGCAAGGAUAUUAAAAAACCCCGGCCGAUUGUCCUAGGAUUGACGACCCUCCGUAAGAAGAUGCUAAUUUUGAGGAACAAAAAGUUAUUAAAGCACUCCUCCGUUUCUAUCGAGAGCGAUUUUGUUAAAAAUACGACAGAAAUUCGUCGAGGGAAAGACCUUUCUUUAUUACUGUAAAUUUAGAGAUUAGAAUUAUAAUAGAUAAAUUUUAAGUAUAUUUAUAAGUAGAUUACUGAGUAAAAGGCUGAACUAUGACCAAAAGUGCUCAGGGAAUAUUUAUAAUUAUUUAUUAUUAUUCGAUAUUUAUAAAUACUUCGAUUUAUACAUUUUAUUGUAUUUUGUAAUGGUCCAUCAGCCUUAUGCAAUUUUUUCAUUUGUCAUUAUGCGUUUAUAAAUUUUUUUAAAAUUAUUAUUAUUAUACUAUCUUUACUAGGUAUUCUUGAGCUAGUACUUUUUUAUGGUUGCAAUAAAGGAUUAAAAUUUUU